GCGGCAGUGGCGGCGGCUGGAGCGGCGGCCGCGGCAGCAGGACUGGGGGCGGCGGCUGCUGCAGCCCGGAGCCCCAUGGUGCGGGGCCGCGGCCAGGCCGCAGAAGGAGCCCGAAGCCUGGGCCGCCCCCGCUGACCGCGCGGGCCCGCUCUGCCCGGAGCCGCCGCCGCCCGUCGGGCCCCGCCGGGGCGCGGGCCGGCCCGCCAUGGGGUCCCUGUUCCGGAGCGAGAGCAUGUGCCUGGCGCAGCUCUUCCUGCAGUCGGGCACGGCCUACGAGUGCCUGAGCGCCCUGGGCGAGAAGGGCCUGGUCCAGUUCCGAGACCUCAACCAGAAUGUAAGUUCUUUCCAAAGGAAAUUCGUUGGCGAGGUGAAGAGGUGUGAGGAGCUGGAGCGGAUACUGGCGUACCUCGUCCAGGAGAUCCACAGGGCCGACAUUCCCCUUCCGGAGGGAGAGGCCAGCCCUCCGGCUCCGCCUCUUAAGCAGGUCCUAGAAAUGCAGGAGCAGCUGCAGAAGCUCGAGGUGGAGCUGCGGGAGGUCACGAAGAACAAGGAGAAGCUGAGGAAGAACUUGCUGGAGCUGAUCGAGUACACGCACAUGCUGAGGGUGACCAAGACCUUCGUGAGACGCAACGUGGAGUUUGAACCCACUUACGAGGAGUUCCCCCCCUUGGACAGCGACUCCUUGUUGGACUACAGCUCUAUGCAGAGGCUGGGAGCGAAGCUGGGCUUCGUGUCCGGCCUGAUCAGCCAAGGGAAAGUGGAGGCGUUCGAAAGGAUGCUGUGGAGGGCCUGCAAGGGGUACACCAUCGUGACCUGCGCGGAGUUGGACGAGCCCCUCGAGGACCCCGAGACGGGAGAAGUCACGAAGUGGCACGUGUUCCUGAUUUCCUUCUGGGGAGAGCAGAUCGGCCACAAGGUCAAGAAGAUAUGUGACUGCUACCACUGCCACGUGUACCCCUACCCGAGCACGGCCGCGGAGCGCCAGGAGAUCCAGGAGGGGCUGAGCACCCGCAUCCAGGACCUCUACACCGUGCUCCACAAGACCGAGGACUACCUAAGGCAAGUGCUGUGCAAGGCCGCCGAGUCGGUCUACCCCCGCGCCAUCCAGGUGAAGAAGAUGAAGGCCAUCUACCACAUGCUGAACAUGUGCAGCUUCGACGUGACCAACAAGUGCCUCAUCGCCGAGGUCUGGUGUCCCGAGGCCGACCUGCAGGGCCUGCGCCGGGCGCUCGAGGACGGGUCGAGAGAGAGUGGUGCCGCGAUCCCCUCGUUCAUGAACACCAUCCCGACGAGGGAGACGCCGCCCACGCUGAUCCGCACCAACAAGUUCACCGAGGGCUUCCAGAACAUCGUGGACGCCUACGGCGUGGGCAGCUACCGGGAGGUGAACCCAGCGCUCUUCACCAUCGUCACGUUCCCCUUCCUCUUCGCCGUGAUGUUCGGGGACUUCGGGCACGGCUUCGUGAUGUUCCUGUUCGCCCUCCUGCUGGUGCUGAACGAGGACCACCCGCGGCUGACGCAGUCCCAGGAGAUCACACGCAUGUUUUUCAACGGCCGCUACAUCCUCCUGCUGAUGGGGCUGUUCUCCGUGUACACGGGCCUCAUCUACAACGACUGCUUCUCCAAGUCCGUCAACCUCUUCGGCUCCGGCUGGAACGUGUCCGCCAUGUACAGCGCCGGCCACACGGCCGCCGAGCGCGGCAGGAUGGCGCUCUGGAACGACAGCGUGGUCAAGCACAGCCGGGUCUUGCAGUUGGACCCCAGCGUCCCCGGCGUGUUCCAAGGCCCUUACCCCCUCGGCAUCGACCCCAUCUGGAACUUGGCCACGAAUCGCCUCACUUUCCUGAACUCGUUCAAGAUGAAAAUGUCUGUGAUUUUAGGGAUUAUCCACAUGACCUUUGGAGUCGUCCUGGGAAUAUUUAACCACUUGCACUUCAGGAAGAAGUUCAACAUCUACUUGGUCUCCAUCCCAGAGCUGCUCUUCCUGCUCUGCAUCUUUGGGUACCUCAUCUUCAUGAUCUUCUACAAGUGGCUGGCCUACUCCGCGGAGACCUCCAGGGCCGCCCCCAGCAUCCUGAUUGAGUUCAUCAACAUGUUCCUGUUCCCGGGAAGUGCGACGAGCGGGCUGUACUCGGGCCAGGAGCACGUCCAGAGGCUGCUGCUGGCCAUCACCGCGCUGUCCGUGCCGGUCCUCUUCUUGGGGAAGCCCCUGUUCCUGUUCUGGCUGCACAACGGGCGCAGCUGCUUCGGGGUCAGCAGGGGCGGCUACACGCUCGUGCGGAAGGACAGCGAGGAGGAGGUGUCCCUGCUGGGAAGCCAGGACGUGGAGGAGGGCGGCGGCCGGCUGGAUGACGGGUGCAGGGCCGUGACUGGCGAGGAGUUCAAUUUCGGGGAGAUACUGAUGACGCAGGCGAUCCACUCCAUCGAGUACUGCCUGGGCUGCAUCUCCAACACCGCGUCCUACCUGCGCCUCUGGGCCCUCAGCCUGGCUCACGCACAGCUGUCCGACGUCCUGUGGGCCAUGCUGAUGCGCGUGGGCCUCCGGGUGGACACCACCUACGGGGUCCUGCUGCUGCUGCCCGUCAUCGCGCUCUUCGCGGUUCUGACCGUCUUCAUCCUUCUGGUCAUGGAAGGGCUGUCUGCAUUCCUGCACGCCAUACGCCUGCACUGGGUAGAAUUUCAGAACAAAUUCUACGUUGGUGCAGGCAUCAAAUUCGUCCCUUUUUCGUUCAGACGCCUUUCAUGGAAGUUCAACGACGAGGGGGCGUGAUCACUUGGCCGCACCCGGCCAGCUCUCAGAGUGACAGAGAAUUAUCAUGUUGUAGAAAUUCACUUAGGUCAGAUUCACGAUGGGGAAAAUUCUGUCUUCAUUGAUUGCCUUAUGAUAUAGCCAAAUAAUUCUGUAAGAUAUACCUCUUCCUCAUGUUAAAUAUUUUGUAAAUUUGAUCAAUUUUAGAUACGUAAAUCUAUUUCAGUUUUUAUGAUGAACAAAUAUAAGUUAAUGCCAACAGUUAUGCUAAAGUUAUUUUUUAAAAUACAGACUUGGGGGAGAGAAGUCCAUGCCAAAUGGCUAACUGAAAAUGGUCUUAGAUACUUAAUUCCUUUUCACCUUAUUAAAAAAAAGAAAAAAAACAGAGUUAUUCUGUCACCUGAAGUCAGAUAAUAUUUUCCAACAGCUGAAGUUGAGUCUAGUUUUUUAAAAAUGUUAAUGACGGAUAAUCAAGACACGUUAUUCUGCUUGACUGAAAGUAUAUGAACCUUUUUUUAUUGUAUGCUGUCCAGAAUUACGAGUAGGAGAUGGUUUCUACAACUUUGUCUUGUUUUAUAAUUGGGGAAACGGGGUAACAGAACCUGCAACACGUGGUUACCCUACCUGUGUGUAUAUUUAAAGACCUCUCGCCCUGUUGUCCCUCCAUCAAACCAGUGACGAUGAUUGUGUGUGUGUUCGGAAAGAAACCGUACACGGCGCCUCGCAGCGCAGUGUGCCUGGCGGAGGCGCGGCACAGGCAGGGUCGGACGCAAGUGACCCAUGCAACUGGACCCGAAGGGGUUUAUGCUGCGUGAGGGAAGGGUAAAAAGCAGUCUUCUGUGUAUUUUUAUAACAAAAUAUACGUUAAGAUAUUUUACCACAGAGAGAUUGGAACCUACCCUUGAGCACAAUGCAUUGAUAGUUCUUUUCCUUUCAGACUAAGUCUAAAGAAAGGUCUGAUGAAGGCAUUUAGAGUUAAUUGGAACUUUAAACUAAUUGUUAAACUAAACUUUAAAGCUAAUUGUUAGCCAUUAACUUGGAGUCUUUAGUUUAAGUUCACCUGCCCCCUUGACAUUUAGUUUUACGUGAAUGUCAGUCCCGUCGAACGUUCCGAUCUGUCGUCUUGUGAAUUAUGCUCAUUUUUCAUAUUCUGUUGUAACUGAUUUUAGAUAAUUAUUUUCAAAAAGAAAUCUGCAGUAUUUCCGAGUUCUCACAUUUUCUGUGACGCGCACAAAGGCCUGUUCGCCGCCGUCCUCCCUUGCCCUGGCUGGCGGGCGAGCGUGGCGUUCUCGUCACAGGCCGACGCGAUGCUGGCGCUGGACUCAAGCGUCUCCCUUCGGCGAUCUCAAGGCCCGUGUGCUGAGGGGCGUGACCCGAACGUCACGACACAGCUGUGACUCUGACAUUAAACUUUUUAAAAUGUAGUACAGAUCCUACGCUGUUCCUCCAUGAGGUAUUACCCAGAGCCAUCUGGAAUUCCUGGGUCUUGUCCUUGACGUUAAAAUAGCAAACACAAAAGGGUCCCGAUGAAACUCCGGAAAGCGAUUCUGCUCUCCGAGUUCCCCCAGAAAGUUGGACAGUUUUGGGGGUGAGUAUGGAAUCAAAAUAAUGCCGUCCAGGAUCAAACUUGUCCCUCACGGGUGGUCAUUUUUUGAUUACUUUACUCCAAGGGUCUGUUGUAAUAAAAUGGUGGCGGAUUCACCCCAGGAAAGUCACGAUUUCUGGGGAACUACUAGCUAACGAGGAAACGCAAGACGUGCGGCACCUGCAGGCAUGCGCCCUGGCCCCAUGGCUGCUCGUCUUGGGGGCCACUUUUACAUUCUAAUGAACACCCAUCCCAGGGGGUAGAAUGGAGAGCAUAGGGUCAUUUUUUCAAUCAAAACCGUAGAAUGUAAUUAUAGUAAACAUUAAUAGUCCUCACAGAACUCUAGAAAUAUGGUUUAAUGGUGUCUUUUAGGCACCAGGGGAAAUUUUACUUCCUGAUAACAGCUCUUGGUUCCAGGGACCUGUUUGCAGAGCAGUCGCUUUGUUCUGCGUGUAAGCCUUUGGUAGGACUGUCGUGUUACAGUCCUCAGCACAGACUUGAUUCUCUCGACAGCAGAUCUCAAGAGGAGCGCCGGUCAUUGUUAGAUGAUGCCAAAUACGCUUGCUUCCCUAAAGAGAAGUGUCACGGCGACCACUCCUCCAGUCCUCAUUCUCUGUGUGGACGGAGUCCUAAAAACCCAGGGGACUCCUUCAGGGAAGUAGGCUCUGGCUUCAUCCCGCAAGGUGACUUCGUCACGCCCGUUAAGAAGCGCAAAGGUGUCUGGUCAGGUCCCUGAGCCCUGCGGCCUUUCCGGUCAUUGUGGGUACGGCUUUGAAAAGACACCUUUCACCGAGUGCCCCUCUGCCCUCACUGCUGGAAUGGGCAUUUUAGAGCAACAUUCUAGUCUCAGGUUUCAACCUGUAACAGUUUAAGAAGUUCAUAGCAGAUAGCAUAGGUAGCUCUUACGGACAUUUUAGAAUCUUGUUCAUUUUGGAAAACCACACACACACAAAAUAACUUCAACAACUGUUCUUCAGUCUGCAUUUGAAAACAAUAAAAUUUCUUGGUUAAAAUUUUAAAGCCAGGUUUGCUUGCAUGUCAUCUGGUAUAUUUCCAGCAAGAUUAUUGAGAAAUCUUACUUCAAGAUAACGAAAAUAAGGCAGUUCCGAGCGAUAAUUUCCUGAUAGCCAGGCCGUUGAUGCUGAGCUUUGAUUUAUCAUGUUAAGAAAUACCUAGAACUUGCCACGUAUUUCCUACAGGGAAAACGGACAUCUAGGGGCUCAACUCUCUGCGGAGGGAACACCACUGAGCAAGUCCAAGCUCCCCACAUGCAUGCAAGGACAAAUUUGCAUCUUCCUAUCAGUAUUGAACUUCUUUUUACUGGUGAACAAUAAAUACAUCUAUAUUUUUAAAA